GCGCAUAAGGGGUGUGGCGACGUGCGGGCGUGGGGGCGGUGCGUGCACUCUUCGUUUCAGCCCUGGGCGGUCCUGUGGUGAACUCCUUGUCUCUAUGGCGACUGGACGCGGUCGGAUCUUGCGGCAGCACUGGCUCGGCCUCCAGACGCUGCGCGGGCCCAGCAGGGGCGGUGGCGCGGCCCGGGGGCGCGCCAGGGCCUUUGGGUGCAGCUUGGUGCAAGGCCCGUGGCCGUCUUCAUCGUGAGAAGGGUAUGGAAGAACGACCGGAGGAAAUCCUUUCUACCCUGCAACGUGGGGUACCCUAAGUUAUGACACUAAUAGAGUAGCCUCUCGGGGAAAUAUUUUUUCUCGCGGCGCCUGUGGCCGGGGAUGCGCGCACCUGCCAGGACAGGUCCAGGUCCAAGAGGUCGUUUCUCCGGGAUGCGUGCCCUAAAUUCACGUGUGCUCCGCCCCUGCCUUCGUAUUUUCGCUCUUCUGUAACCAAGAAUCUCCCUUCGUGUUUUUCAUGACCUUACAACUUAGGGAAGUAGAGUCUGUUCAUCAAAACCUUAUCAGUUGACACCCUCAUCCCCCAAGCAGAUACCUCUGGUCUUGCUCAUCUGCUUUCCAGAAGCAUCUUCAGCGUGAAGAAGUAAAAUGAGCCAGUGCAUCAGAAGUAUCAGCAUGCAUAAUGCCUACAGUGAGAGUGUAUAUUUCUAAACCUUCGGGUGAAAGCACAUCAGAAAAGGGGCCAGGGGUCAAGCUUUCUGCAGGCUCUGCUGCCCUGAGGUGCCAUGCCAGAGGUGGACAGCACUGGGAGAGCUCUUUCUCCUGCUGUUCUGGGUUCCUGGAUGGAAUGCCUUCAGAAAUCUUGCUGAAGAUAUUUUCCUACUUGGAUGCUGUGAGCCUUCUGUGUACUGGAUGUGUGAGCAGGCGCUUUUAUCAUCUAGCCAAUGACAAUUUUAUUUGGAUCGGAAUCUACUCAACUGCUUUUUCACCUGCAAGAUCAAAUUGGAAAUUUAAUUCAGUAGAGAAGAUAGCUAUGUCUAUGAGCUUUCUGUCAGUUCAGGAUAAAGAAGCUGGUUAUUGGAAGAAAGAAUAUAUCACAAAACAAAUAGCAUCUGUAAAAGCCGCACUAGCUGACAUUCUCAAACCUGUCAACCCUUACACAGGCCUUCCAGUUAAGACCAAAGAGGCCCUCAGAAUAUUUGGUUUAGGUUGGGCAAUUAUACUGAAAGAAAAAAGUGGAAAAGAAUAUAUCAUGGAGCAUGUUGAUCUUUCCAUAAAUGACACAUCAGUUACUGUUAUAUGGUAUGGCAAAAAAUGGCCGUGCCUAGCAUCAUUGUCAACCUUAGAUUUAUGUGGCAUGACACCAGUUUUUACCGACUGGUAUAAAACUCCCACCAAACAUAGACUCCGAUGGCAUUCUUUAAUUGCAAAGUACAAUCUGAGUCAUUUGACCGUAUCUACCAUGAUUGGCUGUGACAGACUCAUUCGGAUCUUCUGCCUGCACCCUGGCCUCCUGGUGGGAGUGUGGAAGAAGGAGGAAGAACUGGCUUUUGUUAUGGCAAAUCUUCAUUUUCAUCACCUUGUGGAGAGGAGCACAUUAGGCUCGGCUACUAUCCCCUAUGAACUGCCUCCACAUAGCCCCUUUUUGGAUGAUAGCCCCGAGUAUGGACUGCACGGCUACCAACUCCAUGUUGAUCUGCACAGCGGUGGGGUUUUCUACCUAUGUGGUACAUUUCGCAAUCUCUUCACCAAGAGAGGAAAUAUUGAAAAUGGGCAUGUGAAGCUCAUUGUUAUACAUUUAAAAAAUAACAGAGAACACCUACCUCUUAUUGGAAAAGUUGGCCUCUCGUGGAAAACUGAUAUUUUUGAUGGCUGUAUAAAGAGUUGUUCCAUGAUGGACGUAACUCUUUUGGAUGAACAUGGGAAACCCUUUUGGUGUUUCAGUUCCCCGGUGUGCCUGAGAUCGCCUGCCACACCCUCUGACAGCUCUAGCUUCUUGGGACAGACAUACAACGUGGACUACGUUGAUGCAGAAGGAAGAGUGCACGUGGAGCUGGUGUGGAUCAGAGAGACCGAAGAAUACCUUAUUGUCAACCUGGUCCUUUACCUUAGUAUCGCAAAAAUCAACCAUUGGUUUGGGACUGAAUAUUAGCAGUAGGUGGCAAAUUAUUGUUGUUAUUUAGUUGUUUAUUUUUGACUGGCUUUGCUCUUGGUGUUGAAAGUUAAAAUAAAGCAAAUCUGCAGAGUGCUGUGCAAUGCCUUUCAUCUCA